CUCCAGCAGCUCCUGGCCGAGUUGCCCCAGAGACCGCGACGCCGCCGCUCCGAGGGACCAAUGAGAGCCCCGCUGCUGCUGCCGGCGCCUGUGGUGCUGUCGCUCUUGAUCUUCGGCUCAGCCCAUUAUACUGCUGGAUUAGACGUCAAUGACACCUACUCGGGGAAAGGGAAACCAUUUUCUGGGGACCACACUGCUGAUGGAUUUGAGGUGACCUCAAGGAGUCAGAUGUCCUCGGGAAGUGAGAUUUCUCCUGCGAGUGAAAUGCCUUCUAGUAGCGAACUGUCCUCGGACAUCGACUCUGACUAUGCAGAAGAGUACGAUAACGAACCACAAAUAUCUGGCUAUAUUGUAGAUGAUUUAGUCAGAGUUGAACAGGUAGUUAAGCCCAAGAAAGACAAAACUGAAAGUGAAAAGACUUCAGUUAAACCCAAAAGAAAGAAAAAGGGAGGCAAAAAUGGAAAAAAUAGAAGAAAUAGAAAGAAGAAAAAUCCAUGUGAUGCAGAAUUCCAAAAUUUCUGCAUUCAUGGAGAAUGCAAAUUUAUAGAGCACCUGGAAACAGUAUCAUGCCAAUGUCAUCAGGAUUACUUUGGUGAACGAUGUGGGGAAAAGUCCAUGAAGAUUCACAGCAUGGCUGACAGUGAUUUAUCAAAAAUUGCUUUAGCAGCUAUAGCUGCUUUUGUCUCCGCCAUGAGCUUCACAGCUAUUGCUGUUAUUAUUACACUCCUGCUUCGAAAACGAUACUUCAGGGAAUAUGAAGGUGCAGCUGAAGAACGAAAGAAACUUCAACAAGAAAAUGGAAAUGCACAUGCCAUAGCAUAACUAAAGAGAAUAUUACAGAGUAUCAGAUCCGAGUCACUGCCAAGUCACAACCCUGAGUGAUGCAUUGGUUCCUCUUUUCAGUGGAUCCAGAGAAAAACAGAACCUUUCCGUUCUG